GCAAAAUCUAAUAACGGAACAAAGGAUCACGUCUCAUUUCCAGGGGGCCACUUUGUCCGCGUACUCCAGGAAGUCAUACAAAUGCAGCAGAUUGGAUCCUCAUUGAAGUAAACAUACCAACACGUCUGUUAUACAUCUGAUCAUGGAAGGAACUUCUAAAAGUGAUGCUGCCGCUGAGCCGAGUGUUGCUGCUCAGGUACCUUUCCUCCACCUCUGCACAACUUUAGAGAAAAUCCAGAAGUCCAAACUCCGUCCAGAUAAAUCCAAGAUCCUUGGGGAUUUCAUUAAAUCAUGGCGGGAAUUUCAUGCUGCACUCCACAAGGACGACCCAAAAACGACAGACUCCUUCUACCCUGCUAUGCGCCUUAUUGUGCCCCCGUUUGAACGAGAGAGAAUGGCUUACGGCAUCAAAGAGAGCAUGCUGGCUAAGCUCUAUAUUGAUGUUUUAGGACUCCCAAAGAAUGGCCCCGAUGCCAGUAAGCUGCUGAACUACCGCGCUCCGACCACAUCCCAAGGAGAGGCUGGGGACUUUGCUGGCAUGGCGUACUUUGUGCUAAAGAAACGAUGUACCAGCCAAGGAAACCUCAGUAUCAAAGAGGUCAAUGACUUUCUAGACUCGGUGGCCAUCAAUAAUGCCAGCAAGCAGAAGGAUCUGGUGAAAAAGAGCCUUCUGCAUCUUAUCACUCAAAGCUCUGCUCUGGAGCAAAAGUGGCUCAUUAGAAUGAUUCUGAAGGACAUGAAGCUCGGAGUUAGCAAAGAAACCGUGCUCCAGGUCUUCCACCCGGACGCCGCGGAGCUCUACAACGUCAACACCGACUUAAAGAAAGUGUGCCAACAGCUGCAUGACCCCUCUGUGUCUUUAAGCGACGUCUCGAUAGAACUCUUCUCUGCUUUCAAGCCCAUGCUGGCGGCGGUGGCUAACAUCCGCAACGUAGAGAAGCAGAUGGGAAACAGCCCCUUUUUCCUCGAGACAAAGCUUGACGGCGAGCGGAUCCAGCUGCACAAGGACGGGGACGUGUACAAGUACUUCAGCCGGAACGCUUUCGAGUACACGCAGCAGUUUGGAGGAUCGCCGCUCGAGGGGUCGCUCACUCCUUACAUCCACAACGUCUUUAAAAGCAACAUCGUCAACUGCAUCCUGGACGGCGAGAUGAUGGCGUACAACCCGGUGGCAGAGACCUUCAUGCAGAAAGGGAGCAAAUUUGACAUUAAGAGACUGGUGGACGACUCCGAGCUGCAGACGUGCUUCUGUGUGUUUGACGUGUUGCUGGUCAAUAACCAAAAGCUCGGCAAAGAACCCCUAAAGAAGCGCUAUGACACCCUUCAGACCAUUUUCACGCCUGUCAAGGGGCGGAUACACGUGGUGCCGAAGACAGAAGUCAGAACCAUGCAAGAGGUGGUUGGUGCUCUCAAUGACGCUAUCGAUAAGAGGGAGGAAGGGAUCAUGGUGAAGGACCCUCUUUCCAUCUAUAAACCUGAUAAACGAGGCGAGGGCUGGCUAAAGAUAAAGCCGGAAUACAUGGAUGGCUUGAUGGAUGAGCUGGACUUGCUGAUUGUCGGCGGUUACUGGGGGAAAGGAAGACGAGGAGGGAUGAUGUCCCACUUUCUAUGCGCUGUGGCCGAAGCGCCAAAGCCUGGUGAGAAACCAUCGGUCUUCCACUCCUUCUGCCGCAUUGGCUCAGGUUACACUAUGAAAGAGUUGUAUGACCUGGGGUUAAAGCUGGCGAAGCACUGGAAAGUCUACCGGAAGAACGACCCGCCAGCAUCCAUCCUCUGCGGAGCAGAGAAACCAGAAGUCUACAUCGAACCCUGCAACUCGGUCAUCAUCCAGGUCAAAGCGGCCGAGAUCGUCGGCAGCGACAUGUACAAGACCAAUUGCACUCUGCGCUUCCCCAGAAUCGAAAAGAUCCGCGAGGACAAAGAGUGGCACCAGUGCAUGACCCUGGCAGAGCUGGAUCAGUUUCGCGGCAAGGCAUCGGGAAAGCUGGCUUCGCGCCACCUCCGCAUUGACGACGACAGCGAACCGCAGAAGAAGAAGAGGAAGCUGCCCGUCAAACCUAAGAAGGUGAUCGGCGUCGUCGAUCACUUUAGGCCCCAGGACCUGUCUGGGGUUUCCAAGGAGACGGAUAUGUUUGAGGAUGUGGAGUUCUGCAUCCUGAACGGCACUGAGGAUCACCCAAAGUCCGAGCUUGAGAAGGGCGUGGCCAGGUGUGGAGGUAUCGUGGUUCAGAACCCAGGGCGGGACACCUACUGCGUGAUCGCUGGGGUGGAGAACAUGCGCGUGAAGAACCUGAUUUCAUCGAACCAGCACGACGUGGUUUGGGCCUCCUGGCUGCUGGAGUGCCUGGACCAGAAGGAAGUGGUGCCAUGGCAACCCCGCCACAUGAUCCACAUGUCUCCCUCCACCCGGGAACAUUUCGCCAAGGAGUACGACAGCCACGGCGACAGCUACUUCGUGGACACGGACGAGCAGCAGCUGCGGGAGGUGUUCGGCAGGAUCAGCGCGGUGCAGGCUGUCAAUCCGGCGCAGGUGGAGGAGCGCUACGGCUGGGAGGACCUCCCCACCAGCAUGUUCAGACCGUUCACCAUUUACUUAGACGUGUUUGCCAACAUCGGAGAUCCAGAAAGCGCCGUAGCGGCUACCGGUCUGGACAUCAGGGCGCUGGAGGUUCGGUACCACGGAGGGACGGUGGUGCAGACGUUGGAGGAAGGCGUUUCAUACGUGGUUGUUGAGAACGAGACCAGAAUUCUGGAUCUGAGGACUCUGAGACGCUGCUUUAGGAAUAAGUUUAAGAUCGUAAAAGAUUCCUGGGUGACGGACUCUAUCAAAGCAGGUUAUCUGAUGAGUGAUGCUGAUUACUUAGUGUGAGGUUAAACCAGUUUACAUUUCAGCUGGUAUUUUAAAUUAUUUCUUAUUUUAAUACAAAUAAAUGUAGAAUAUUAAAUUGAUCUGUAAAUUUGCUUCUCAGGGUUUUAAUUUAAAACAUUUAAAUUUGUGGUUUUUAAUGAUACAGAAAGGGAGAUGGUAUUGUCUAUUUUUUCAGAAUUAUUGACACGAUUUUUCUCUAAGAAGCAUUUUAAUGUUUUUUUUUGUGUAAAGUAAAAUCUAUAUCUUUUACUAAAUAAAUAUGGAAGUUGAUCCCUAGUUAAUUGGGGUAACACAGUGGUGGCAGCAUCAUGCUGUGGGAAUUAACUCUACAGAGCGUUCCUGUCAUCGUAUUGCUUCCUUCAUUUUACACCCCUGUAACAAGAUGCACCGAUGAUUUAAAUUUCAAAUAAAAAUGUGGAAUGAGUUUGUUAGGGUAUGAGAAAUGCUUACCAGCGUUUCUAUAUUUAGCAAAUGUUUGCAUGAUUUAGUUUGCCGUAGAAUCAUGUUUAUUUUGUCAUAUUCUCUGAAUACAAUGGUUUGUUAGCAAUAUGUAUUUUUUCUUUCGGCAGGCUUUUUGAUUGGCAGCACAUUUGUUUAGUCUAAUAAGCUAAACAUUCACUUUUUAUCCACAGGAAGGAAAAACAGCCGAGACUUCAACCCUUUACCUGGAUGUCAUUACUCUAAAUUAUGAUUUUGUAUUUUUAUUAUUUGUUUGUUCUAUUAAAUUGAGAAAGCAAAAUGUACUGAGCCAUGAUUGUCAACAGGUUAUGAAAUGUUUUCAUUAAAUAAUUUUCCUCAAGCUUCAUCAAUUUAAAAUAAAUUCCAGGAGUUAAAAAUC